AUGUCGGCCAUCCCCCCAGACGAACCGGCGCAAGAGGCCCCGUCCGCGAUCGACACACAGCAACUGCAGCAGCAACUGCAGCAACAACAACAGGAAGGCACUCCCCCCGAGCCUCCCCGAAAGCGUAUUUCUUUUUUCUCUCUUCCUCUCUGCCCUGCUCACUGUCCCCCACAGCCAAGGCCCCCUCUGUCCGCAGGGCCUGCAUCGCCUGUCACACUGGCAAGACUCGCUGCAGCGAGGUUCUCCCCUGCCAGCUGUCUCAAGCGCGGGCUAGGCAACUCUUGCGCAUAUCCGGAUCCAGACGCACAGGAGCAGCAGGGCCACCAUUCCGCAUCGGCCCCUGCCCAAAAUGUCCAGUUCGCUCCGCCCCCCAUGUACGCUACUCUCCAGGGCACCCCAAAUCUCUCCCACCAGCAGUACUACGACUACAACGGCUCUUUUACCGGCGCUUCUACCUCGACUUUCCGCCCAAACAAGCGCCCUCGCGCCCUCACUGAGGAGGAGACUGCCGCCAUCCGCAACUUUUCUCGCGGCGACUUUUUCGUAGGCUCCAGCGCUCCCGUCAGGAUCGACCCCCGUCUCCCCGUUCGUCUCACUCUCGGCGAGGGUGAUCAUGUCCAUUUCACCGUUGGAGAGACCUUGGUCUAA